AUCAUGAAAGCAUCUUCAUGGUCGGUGUAGCUCCUCUGCAGGAGCUGUCUGUCCCCAUCCGCUCCUCGGGUCACCUCGAGGACAAAUGUGAAGUUGGGGAAGUCCAGUUUGCCGUGUGUAAAACUUAGUGAAUUGUCUCUGUGAACAGGAUGAAGCCUCGGGCUUGCUUUUCUAGGAAAAUAGCCCAGAAUAGCUAUUCCUUUCUGCCUGGAAAAUACAAUUUACCCUGACAAAAAGCUUAGGCAAAGAUGAGCUGCCACCUGCUGGCUCCAUAAGGCUUUGGGCUGGGGGUUGUUUGCUGGUUCCCUGGGCAGGAGAACCUGGAUCCUGUGCCCUACCCCAGGCUGGAGUUUUGGGAGGCUCAGGUGGGUUUUUGAGAGCUUUCUGCUAAGAAAAGCAGCAUUGGGCUGUUCAGCAGAGUUAUCAUAAGGCAUUAGAAAAACAUCCUAAGGAACCUUCUGGGAUUACGGUAAUAUUUAUAUUUACUAAUUUUUCUCCUAGCUUUGGUAAGUAAAGAUAGCUCUUUCAAGUGCAGCACAUUCUUCAUAAACAGUUCUGUAUAAUCUCGCACACUGGAAAAUAAAAUUGUUGCCAUCGUCAGGGUUCCCUGGGGAAAUGCUCAGAUUAGGCUCCUCCAAGGAGCUGGGAUGGUCUGGGGCCCUGAGUGGUGCAGGAAUGCUGACAGCCCUGUGGACCCCCCUGCUCUGGGCCGGGUUCACGCAGAGGCUGGGGGGAAGGAGGCUCGGGAGGAACAAAUGAGAUUAAAGUGAACUCUGUGAAUGUGCUGGCCAAAACCAGCUCGGUUUGUUUUUCGUGAUGUUGCUUCUAUUUUAAAAUCCAAGUCACGGAAACCAUUUGCAGUGGACUUUAACAACCCUGGAGUUUCCUGCGGGCAAUUUGUUUCUAGAGAGUUUCUCCUGUUAAGGUCCAAAGAAAUUGGACCUUAAAUAUAAUAGAAAUGGGGGGGGGAGUUUUUAAAAGAUAAUUGGUAGCUUGCUAUUUUUAGAAUCUUUUGUUUUUUAAAAAUACACUUUCAGAGAGGAGAGGAGAAAACAAAAAUAUUUUAACUUGUAGAUAAGAGGUGUAUGGAAGUUGCUUGACAGUCUUUCAGGGGAUGAUUCAGGUAAUUAUAAAAUGGCCUAAAUUAAAGUUACUGCUGUUUUCUCAUUUCUUUAGUUCUUCAUUGAUUUCUUAGGGAAAGGAAUAAUGACAAGAUUUUUGUCUCUGUGAUGUCCAGCAGAAUUUCUUCAUUGUUGGUUUUUCAAUUUGUCUUCUGCAUAAACAAACAGAGAAUUGAAAUUUGGUGGACUGGAAGUGAUGGCUUUGUUUCCAUUUCCCUAAAUGUUUCUUAUGUGACUAUGAAGUCGCUGAAGAACUUCCCCUUAUACUUAUAUAUCUGAAAAAGCCCUUUGGACUUUUAAUAUAUGUAAUGUUUUCAUGGUAAAGCUAAGAAGGAUACUUAGAAGAAAACUAGCUUGCUCAUCAAAAAAGGGCAAAGUAUUUGCAAAGCCAAAAUUGAGGGUUACAGCUUUGCCUGUGAUUCUGCAGUAAGAUCACACACAUAUAUAUAAUGUGCCACAAAUAUUCAUAGGCCAAGUAACUGCUCUUUCUAAAAACUUGUAGUUUGUUCCUCAUGUCUCUAUGCAGAACUGCUGCAGUGAGUGGUGGAAAACAAAUAGAGUAUGUUUUACUGUGUGUUUAAUGGGAGGUGAAGGGCUUCUUUGGUUAGAUUAGGGCUUCAGCUGGCCUUUAUGCCCCUUUUAUGCAAUGAGAAUUCCUAACACCAUGUCUUAAAACUUGAUUUUUAGUAUGUUAUAUGCUAGUGUUUUAUAUGCUGUGAUUUCUUUUGUAGGGAAUGUUUCUGAAAGUCAUUACCAAGCAAUCUCUGUGUAGUACAGAUGUGCUAGUCAAUGCUACCAUCAUAAAGUUUUACAGGAUUGACUGGAGUGCUGCUGCUUAGGAGCUGUAUUUCCUACGCUUUUCAUCAAGAUCUGGUUAAGAAUUAAGAGUUGGGUUUUGAAGUAUUUGAGCAACUUGCUACUGCCCAAGUCAUGACGCUCCCAUUUCGAAAGGACUUGGACAAGUACAAAGAUCUCGAUGAGGAUGAAAUUCUUGGCAAACUUUCAGAAGAAGAACUGAAACAACUGGAAACUGUUUUGGAUGAUCUUGACCCUGAGAAUGCUCUGCUGCCCGCAGGCUUCCGGCAGAAGGACCAGACUGCAAAGAAGGCCUCGGGUCCCUUCGACCGGGAGCGACUCCUGGCGUACUUGGAGAAGCAGGCGCUGGAGCACAAAGACAGGGAGGACUAUGUGCCUUUUACAAGAGAAAAGAAAGGGAAAAUCUUUAUCCCCAAGCAAAAGCCUGUACAGUCUUUUGCAGAAGAAAAAUUCUCUCUUGAUCCGGAACUGGAGGAAGCCUUGACCAGUGCCACAGACACAGAAUUAGGUGACCUUGCAGCUAUACUGGGAAUGUCCAACUUGAUAACAAACAAUCAGUUCUGUGAUGUAGUAGGAAGCAGUAAUGGGAUUGACAAAGACAGCUUCUCAAAUAUAGUAAAAGGUGAAAAAAUGUUGCCUGUUUUUGAUGAACCACCAAAUCCCACAAAUGUGGAGGAGACGCUGCAAAGGAUUAAAGAUAAUGAUUCUCGUCUUGUUGAAGUUAAUCUAAAUAACAUUAAGAACAUACCAAUUCCAACGCUGAAAGAAUUUGCAAAAGCCUUAGAAACCAACACACAUGUGAAGAAUUUUAGCCUGGCAGCCACCCGAAGCAAUGAUCCUGUUGCUGUUGCUCUUGCGGAUAUGUUGAGAGUUAACACAAAAUUGAAAAGUUUAAACAUAGAAUCAAACUUCAUCACUGGAGUUGGAAUUCUGGCACUAGUUGAUGCACUGAAAGACAAUGAAACGUUGACAGAGAUCAAAAUUGAUAAUCAGAGGCAGCAGCUGGGCACACUUGCAGAGGUAGAAAUUGCCAAAAUGCUUGAAGAAAACACCAAGAUCCUCAAAUUCGGAUACCAUUUCACACAACAGGGACCUCGAGCCAGGGCAGCUGCAGCUAUCACAAAAAAUAAUGAUUUGGUUCGCAAGAGAAGGGUUGAAGGAGACAAUUAGCAAUCCUGCUGUCAACACUCGGUGGAGUCAUCACGGUCGGCACCGUGGGCUUUGGCAAUCUUGGACUACAUUGACCUGGCUUAGAAGGGAAAAGACUGGAAACCCCACUCCUUUUAAAGCAAAGUUAUAUAAUCUGCUGGUAUGCAUCACGUUUUUCGUGGAGACACAGUAACUGCACCAGUCUCUGUACCAUGGUUUUUGACUGGGUUUUUUUUUUUAAGAACUUUUUUUGUAUUUCAAGACUUCGGCUGAGCUUUCUACUUCAAAUAUAAUUGCAAAUCAAUGGUAUAAUUGUCUGUAGUCAAAGAAGGGACAUUUAAGGUCAUUGGGAAGAUAAUGACCCAAUUAAAAUGUUUGUUAGAAAAUCCGGGGGUGCUUAUUUACGUGGAGGGGUGUGUCUAUUCCUGAAAACAAUGGGUUAGUGAUAAGGGAUUCUUCACCCAACAGCUGGACUCAUUGUGUAGAGCUGUUCAGCUUUGUUCAUAUGCACUGAAGAGAAAUCUUUCACAGCAAUGUUAUUUGUAAUUCUACUGUUUUAUUUUUUAUUAGUUCUUGAUACUGUGAGUAAGUUUAAAGACAUCCCUUUAAGGCAAACAAAAUUAAAUGGGCUAAGGACUUCUCCCAAGAGAUAAGAGGGACUCAUACAAAAGACUUGCAAAAAAAAAAAAUUAGGAGCCUUGCAAAAUGACAGGUUUUUUAUUACACCUAAAUCCUUCAAGUCUUUUUCAAAAGUGUGUCUUGCUCUGUAUCUGAACUGGAUAUAUUUUUAGACUGAUUUCAUGUGUUCAUCAACAUUAUUUAGUUUAUAUUCUUUGUUUAAAAAUCUUUAUCUACGUUCACAAGUAUCAAUUUCUCUAGAAGUAGUGGACAUACAUAUUUUAAAUUCUGCAUAACUGUACAGGAAGAGCAACCUUAAGUGUAAAACCACUGACCUAAAUUGCUGGCAAACGAAAAAUCCUUUAUUUGAAGCUGUUGUAUUAAGCUAUUUGUACUUCAUAUAAAUCUAUCAUUUUUUAAUACUUAAGUAACACUUUUGAGAAAGGAUUUUUCAAUUUUACUUAGGUCUUGAUGUUGGAACACUACCUAAGACAUGCAAAAAAUAAUCAAUAUGUAGUGUCAGAUCUGUAUGAUGUAGUAAUUAUUAAAGUAUUUAAAGUUGUUUAAGCAAACUAAUAAGGCAACAAAAAUCACUUCAACUUCUGCACAUAAUCACAAUACACUUCUUUGAAAUAAUAUAAAAAUCUAGAGGCUUUUUGGUUAGGUCUGCUUGGACUGUCCUGUACUGGUUUGCUUUGAGGUCACAAAAAUGUUCUAAAGGACUGCUUGGCUAUAUUUAUAGCAACAGAGAAUUCAACUGACAACUCUUUUCAUUCAGAGAUCUUAAUGUGGUGAGCUUUUAUGUAUAGAAAACAAAUUUACAUGGAGGGGACUGAGAUGUUUGCAUCAGUUUGUAUAUACUAUAAGAACCUAACAGAGCAAGUCUCUGACACUGUGCCCACGGUGUAAUUUGCUGCAAAUCUUGUUUUGGAUCUUUAAAGACAGACUUUAUUCCAGAGGUGACUUCGAAUUUUACUGUAACAGAGAAUAUUAAACUAUAGUGCCUUCAAUGAGGAUGUAUAUAA